AUGGUGAGGACACGGCCUCGCAACAAAACAAAACGUGUCGCUGUCAUAGAUUAUGGCUCCGACGGUGAGCCGCCCGACGCCCACGACGACCUCGACGAUGAAAAUUUCGAGGCGCCGCCCCCGGACCCAGAGGACGAUGAAGACGACCCCAUGGACAUUGACGGCGGCGGCGACGACGAUUUUGAGGCAGAUGACCCUUCCAGUCUAGAAAUAGGUGGCCCGAGAAAUGCCAACGAUGACGAUGACGAUGAGCUGCCCGCCUACACCAGUUCCGCCGGCCUGAGGAAACGGCCAACGGACAUGGCGGCCCUCGGGACCUAUCACGCCGAUGGACGGCCUACGAGGCACUACACCGGCGCGCUAAAGCGCGGUCAAAGAAUCCAGGUUCUGGACUUCUUCUACGGACCCCAGGAGGAGGCUGUGGGUGUUGCGAGUUGGUUGCUCAACCGGUGGGCGGGGUAUGCGGUUCUGCCGAGCAAGUUACCCGAUGGGCCCGCGCCUCCAGUCCCGAGUCCCUGGCUCGACCCGGGGUUUGUAGAGGACCAGGAGCAUGCAGCGAAAGCAUGGUUUGAGAGAUUGAAAGAUUACAAGGGGGCAAGCGAGGGUGAGAGACAGAUGAGCGCAGAGGAGGCCGAAGGGUAUCGCCUGAACCCUGGCGGUCACUUGGUGUCCGUGAUAGGACCGUAUCCGGAUCAGCAAGAGGUCAAAAUCGCACCUUACGAUAGUGUCGUGCUGUCCGAGUCAGGACUGCCCUUGACGGACAACUUGAGCGAGGAGGAGAAGUCGGCAGGGUGGAUGUUUGACGCGGGCGGCAUUGUCAUCGGCAUGGAAUGGGCCAACAGGGUCGGACAGGACGCGCAGAUUCUUGCCCUUGCCGUCAUCCCGCACACCGACCAGCUAUUGGAUUUCGAAGAUGCUUACGAUCAGAACAAGGGCAUUAUCCAGUUUUGGGCUCUCUGUGGCAAGAAAGAUGAGGCCGGCAUCACGAGUCCCCUUGGACGUCCAGCACGUCUUGCUAGAACUAUCUGCUCUGAUUGGGGUAGGGUCAUGAGGCUCAAAUGGUGUCCGGUGCCGUACAAAGAGAACGGCGCCAUGGGCCUUCUUGCGGUACUCUGUGGUGAUGGUCAGGUUCAUAUUGUCGUUGUCAAGGACAUUGGCGACGACGAGCAGGAUGCUUUCACCAAACUCGAACACCCCAUCGUAUCUUUGGGAAUCCCCUCCGAGACUAACGUGACCGCCACAUGCUUCGCCUGGGUAAACACCAACCGCAUCGUCCUUGGCCAUUCGGAUGGCUCCCUCACCCUUUGGUCCAUCUCCCCGCGCAUCCUCCUCGCUCGCCACGACGUUCACUCAACGCGCGUAAUGCACAUCGACACGGCCUACCCAUCGGACCCCUAUCUCGUCGCGUCAACGCCUAUCGCCGGUUACACCACGCUGAUCGACUUCUCCGACCCCUCCUGCGAGCGGACGAGCUUCCCCUGCUUUACAAUCACCCCGCAGCCGAACCUGCUCCAGUGGCAUGACCACCUGCGGGGCUUCUUCACCGUUGUGCCGUCAGCGAACCCGCUCAACGCGUCGGUCGGCUUCGUGCACUCACGGUGGUACGCGGCGCAGGUGCGCAAGGUCAUGGACGGCGAUCGGUUACCUACGUGUCUCGCCGCGGGCAUACACCAUCCGUUCGUACUUGUUGGGUACAUGGACGGCACCGUCUGGGCGGCGAACCCAUCCAACAGGAUCUUUGCUUCGAAACACCACUUUGGUCAUAAGAUAAAGAUCAUCGACCAUCAGUACAUUCCCCGCGAGAGGCUCAACGGCUCCGUGCUGGGAGACGAAAGCGUUGGCGAAGGCGAUCGCUGCCGUGGCGCAUCGCGGAUUCUCCAGGGUUUCGGGCCGGUGCCCAAUGUCAACCCCAAGGUGGACACGUGGAAGACCAAAGUUGCCAUCAAUAAGAAGAAGGCCAAGAAGCCGAAGGCAAAGGCCAAGGGCAAAGGCAAGGCAGACGCGGCGGCAGCGGAAGACGACGACGCCGACGUGCAGGGCGGCGCGGAAGAAGGGGACGGGCACUUUGCGGAUCCCAAGCGCGCGGUGCUCUCGGAGCCGCUGACGCGGAUCACCACGAUGGCGUGGAACCCGAACCGGGAGUACUCGUGCUGGGCCGCGGUGGCGAUGGCGUCGGGGUUGGUGAGGGUGAUGGAUCUUGGUUUGGAAUGCUAG